AUGAUGAACCGGUUUCGCAAGAAUAAAAAGGCCAAGGAGGUCAAGGACACAUUGAAUGAGCUGGAAAAUGGCCCAUCCACAUCUGCAUUCAGCUUGAAGCUGUCAAAAAAGAAGGACUCGGUGGAGGAGCCACCGAAUUUGAAUCUCUUAGCGGAUGCCCUCCCACCAUCAGAUGAUUUCCGCACCAGUUUGCUCAUGCCAAAGCUUUCCGCUCGAUUCAGCAUGUUGAGAGAACAGGACGACCCGGCCUCCAAGAUCGGCAAAGCUAGUGACGACAGCGUCCUCUUCCCCAAGCGAGCUUCGCGAUUGAACCUCUUCGGACACAGCCCAGCAAUGCUGACAGAUAUCGACGAAGUUUCCUCAAAUGACGGUAGCCGACCUUCUAUGGUCUUGGGUCGUACCGACUCCUAUGCAUCUGGCGGGGAUGGAGGAUAUGGUACCGACGAUGACCGAUCAAAUAAUGGGAGCAUCAUGAGCCGAGCUCGCCGAGCUGAAGGGAAUAAUUUGUUUGGUGGCCGUCAAAAAGUAUUCCGCAUCCCAGUUCGGUCUCCAGGAGGGUCAUCGCCUGCCACUGAGAGCCCGCUAGGAAUGGGCAAAGCAGUAUAUGACCAUGACUUGAAUAUGUCUGCUUUCCAACGGAUGAGACUGCAAGAGAAGCAAGACAGAGAGGCGGCGGCGGCAGCAGCAGCAGAAGCAGAGGGAGAAGAAACCCUAGAUACCGCCUUACCGGACUCUGAGGAUACUCCUUCUAUUUCAUCGGCAAAUCGAACCACCCUAUCAUCAACUGCAUCUGGCCCCACAGCGAAUGCACGCUUCUCAACUGCAGCGACUUCAAUUGAUGAGUCUCAAUCCGUCGUAUCUCAUCUGCAGCCUACAGGUCCGUUGCACACCGCUCCAGCUCCAGAAUUUCAAAUGGACGCCCGCCCACAUUCUGGCAUGUCAACCCCAAGAACUGGCUCGGUUCGAUCUCGUCGUCUCUAUGGUCAGGGUUUGACGCAGAACGUACAAAAUCAACAAAACUCGACCUUGCAUCGCCUGGAAAGCCUCAGUCGUCAACGAUCUGGUACCCCAGAUCUUCUGCCUUUGAACCGCAAUUACUCCAGGAGUGCCACCAACCUUCGUGACCGACUGCAGAAACUUGCCAUUACUGAACCAUCUGCCCCUCGGCCCAGCAGUCCUCCUUCGUCGGCAACCUCGCCAAAGCAGCAACCAUAUAUCGAAAUUGCUCCUAUGGAGCGCGUUUCCCCAACGGCAGCCUCUUUCGGUGCACCUCCACUGAGCCCACCUUCAAGCGAAACCGACGAUAGUCACUCCUUGCUGGCUGCAGCGCUCAAUCCAGAAGACCACGGAAAAGCAACAGCCAUGGGUCUGUUUAACAGACCAGCUACUGGUUUCGAUGAGCAACAGUUCGUUCGCCGUCAGCUCCAGCUGCAUCAAGGCCGAGACACCCCUCCUCCUCGACGACCUUCUUCGCCCCCUCGUGCUAUGCCAACCGAUCAGCCCGGCCGGCUUCGCGGACUUUCCAAGUCCAGCUACCGCUCCAGAGCCGAGUCAGCCUCCUCGCACUACAGCAGUGAUGCGCAUCAUGGUAUGGAGAGUGUGGAAGCGUCUCCCCGCAUCCCUGGGAACAAAACUUUCUAUGCUACCUCGACCACGAGUGAUUCAGGAGAUGAAGGAGAGGAUCGUCGCUCGUACGAAUUGUCUUCGGUGGCAUCUGCAGCCACGGAUUACGGUAACCCCCUCUACCACCCCAGCAUCACGUCUAAGCCGCCUACUCCUACUGGGGAUCAUCUUGAAACUUUGCCCGAAGUGCGGUACUCGGAUCUUGGUGAUCUGAAACCGAUUGACGAGGAUGAAAUUCCCGAAGAGACUCCCUCUGACAUCGCUGGCUCUGUGACUCCCGAACGCCCAGACUCUCCAACAAUCCAACCGUCUGGAUUUGGCAUGGAUGGAAUUCGGUCACACUUGCGGUCUGCAAGUGACAAAUCUUCAAUCUUCCGUUCCCCGUCCCCAACACUGCCCAUGGAUGAGCCCGACUCGAAGAAGCUUGAGCCUCAAGUGUCUGUCCUUGAGGUUCAGCCCAGCCCUACCUCAGAGAACCAGCCCCACGUCGAUACCAUUGCGGAGCUGACUGAGCCGGAAACUUCAAGCACCCGGGAUUCAUCCAGACAAUCCGCAGAGAUCACAACCAGUCGUGGUAGUGAAGAUUCCUCCGAUGGUGCUAUUCCUGACAGUAUGCCGUCGUGGAAGGAAGAGCUUGCAUACCACCACCGCCGAGAUGGAAGCACGGAGACCCAACGGGAGCGUGAAGAGUUCGCUAUGGAAAUUGCUGAGCGACGCCGAAAGAUCCAAGAGAAGCUCCGGAGUGUCGCAGAGAGUGAAAGUCGCUCUAGUAGCCCCACUCCUGGUCGACAGACCCCCGACUCUCAGAUCAAGGCUGGCAAUGCUUUCUCCCUUUUGAAGCACAAGUCAAGCAAGCAGGGAGUCUCAAAGAACGACCUAUACGGCUACAGUUCUUCCACCCCUUCUCUUGCUGCGGAGGAUUCGCCGCGCGAGGAACGGCCAUCUCUCUUCAGCCGUCAUUCCAAUGCUAGCGCUCCCCAGAUCUCAGAGCGAUCCCUCCGAUCUCGGAUGCCGACUCUCAGUCGCAGUGCAUCUCGAGAAUCAAGUCGCAGCCGCGGCACGUCCCCACAGCCUGGUUUCCGGGCUCCUAGAGAUCGCUCGAGCUCUGAUGCUUCCGGCAGAUCCAAGAGUCGCACCAGAUACCGAGAUCGAGACGAUCUCGAAACUGUGGAGGAGGGUGCAGUCAUCGCCCAUGAUAACUUUGUUGUUCCUGAAAAUUUCGAGCCACCUGUACCUGCUUCGGUUGCUGGCUCGGCACGUCCAUCCAUGGAGGCUCCUGAGUCUGCUCCUUUCGACCGGUCUGCCUCCGCCGCGUCGGGUAGAUAUCGUAGUGCUAGCCGGUCAGGAACCCCGAGUUUCCAAUACGAGCGACCGUUCCAGUUCACCCAGGCGUCUCACCCACCUUCUAUAAUUGGCGCUCCGCCUCGACCAUCCCCUGCUACCCCUGCUUAUUCGGCCAACGCCACCCCUCCGCUGAAUGAGAUUCCAUCCGAUCAAUCAACAGCCAGUCUUGCUGCAUCCAGCUCGCAAAGCCUGCCACAGCGUGGUCCGGGCAAUAACACGCUUCAGAAGCGACCAGUGAACAAGAAGACCAUCUCAGAGCCGACUUUCGUCUCCUGUACUUCAAAUGUUCCCACUGUUGGUCUUCCAGGAGGUCCGGCUCCGAGUGCGACUCCCCCAGUACCACCAAUGAACCCUCGACGCCGCCGAGGCACCCAGACCAUUCUGUCCGCGUUCAAGGCUGAUUCGCGUGUCUCAUCCCCUGCUCCUAGCAUUAAUGAUGAGCACAGUGUCUUCCCGGAUGAUGAGAAGCGCCCUCGAUCCCGCAGCCGUCUUCGCAAGAAGUCGAUUGAGGGUGGUGAGCGAGCCCGUCAAGAGGCAAUGAGCCCUGUCCCGGAUAUCCCACAUUACCCACCCCCUGCAGUUCCGGUCGAUGGUGGCAUGUUCUAA